AGUAGCCAUUUUGGCUCACGGUAUCGCCCCGCGCGGGAUUUCAAGGCCCGCUCUGGAGGGCAGGGCGAGCGGCAUGGAGCACAAGUCCCUCGCACGCGGGUUGGCGUACGGCGGCGCCGCGAGCUGCCUCGCCGAGGUCGUCACCAUGCCCGUCGACGUCGUGAAGACGCGGCUGCAGAUGGACGGCGCAGGGGCCACCAGGGCCUACCGCGGCUCCCUCGACUGCGCCGCGCAGCUGGUCCGCUCCGAGGGGCCGGGCGCGCUCUUCAAGGGCUUGCCGCCCGCGCUGCUCCGGCAGUCCACCUACGGGUCGAUGCGGUACGGGCUCUACGCGCCGAUCCGGGACAUCUCGGGGGCUGCUGGAGGUCGCCGCGGGCGCCGGCGCCGGCGCCGUGGCGUCCGCGCUCGCCAGCCCGACGGACCUGGUCAAGGUGUGAAGUCAAGGUGCGGCUGCAGACCGACGGGAUGCUGCGGGGCCCCGGCGGCAAGCCGCUGCCGAGGAGGUACCACGGCAUGUUGCAUUCGCCACGGAAGGUGCGGGAGGAGGGCGUGCUGGGCCUUUGGACGGGCGCGGGCCCCACCGCCAGCCGGGCGACCGCGCUCGCCGCCGCCGAGCUGUCGUCGUACGACGAGGCCAAGGCGCGGCUGAGGGCGCUGCCGGUGGGCUCGCUGCAGCGCGACGGCAUCGCUCUUGACAACCCCCGAUGCGUGCGUCGACCGCCCUGAUCUCGGGCUUCGUCUCCACGGUCGCCUCGUCCCCCUUCGACGUGGUGAAGUCGCGGGUCAUGGGCCAGCCGGUGGACGCGUCGGGGCGCGGGACAUUGUACAGCGGAAUGGCCGAUUGUUUCAUCAAGCUCGCCAGCAGCGAGGGUCCCUUGGCGUUGUACAAGGGCUUCUGGCCGAACUUUGGCCGCGUGGUGCCGCGGGUCACCAUCGGGGGCCUCCCGUUGUCGUGUUCGUCGUGAUGGAGCAACUGAAGGCGCAGUUUGGUUGAGCGGCCAGCCCGCCGCCCUCACCGACGUCGCUCCCGCUAUCCCCGGUAUGGCCACGCCUCCUCGACCGCCGCCGUCCGCAGUAGUUGCGCCAGGAAAGUCGGCAAAACAAGGAUCAUGCACACACACCGUGGG